AUGCCCACCACUUCGUCGUCCCCAGGCCUUUGCUCCUGGACCAUCGUGGGCUGCUCCGUCCGCCUGCUGCAGCUGCUCUCCACUGGCGUGGCCUCCUCCCUGGUGGCCAGCGUGGGCACUCAGCGGGUGGGCGUAGAUAACUGGUUCAUGUUCUUCUGGUGCUUCUGCUACACUGUGACCCUCCUCAUCAUCAUUGUGGAAUACAGUAAACUCCGGUUCCACUUUUCCUCCCACUGGUACAACUUCCCCAUCAACUAUGCCUGCUACGCCGCCCUCUUCUGCUUCUCAACCUCCAUCAUCUCUGCCACUACUUACGUCCCGUUCUUGCCUCAGGGCCCCACCCGGAACCACGCCAUCACUGCCACAGCAUUCUCUUGCAUCGCUGCUGUGGCUUAUGGGACUGAAUUUGUCUGGACCUGGGUGGGUCACCGGCCCGGAAGGAUCAUCACCUAUGUGCAUACGGUGCAUGGCCUGCUCAAGCUGCUGGAGAACUUUGUGGCUUGCAUCAUCUUCGCCUUCAUCAGCAACACCUCCCUGUACCAGCACCAGCCAGCCCUGGUGUGGUGCGUGGCUGUGUACUCCACCUGUUUCAUCCUGGGGACCCUGGCCAUCCUGCUGGGCUUGGUCUACUGUGACAACUGGCUGCCCAUCCGCUUCCCCGUUUCCCAGCUUGGGCUGACCCUGUUUUCUGUCCUCCUCUACAUCAGCGCUCUGCUCCUCUGGCCGCUCUAUCAGUUCAAUGAGGACCUGGGCGGCCAGUCCCAGAGAUCCAGUGAUAUGACCUGCAGAGAUGAGUUCACUACUUAUGUGUGCAACUGGGACCAGCGACUGGCUGUGGCCGUCCUGACAGCCGUCAACCUGCUGCUUUACGUGUCCGACCUGGUGAUCGCCAGCUGCCUGGUCAGUGACAGGCUCCACCCACGGGCUCCAGAUUCCCUCUACUUAUGGAGAUAUUAUGUCAUCUGA